UGUCAAAAAAUAUCCGCCAACAUAAAUGUAUACAGCCAACGGUUCAGCUCCUGAGUUAAAUGAUUAUAUAAGCUUACGGUUAAUGGACGGGUAACAUGUGUCACUGGAGGAAGCCGGUGUGUUGCACGCAGCGGUCCCUCUGCUAGCGGGAGCGUUAAGGGAGCGUUAAGUGACAGCCCAUAAAUUGGAUUAGCGCUAAAUACAGCCACCAGUGAAUGAUAGUGUAGCAGACCGGGGCUCGUGUUAGCUAACCCGGGUAACGUGGAGGCUAGCUAAAGGGGCUGCAGGGAGUGCAGGCUGGAAGGUGGCCGUCUUUAGAGGUCAUUAAGAGCCACAACAUGGAUGGGUAUAGUCAGAGGUUUGAGUCCUCUGCCGCAAGAGACAGUAAACCACAGAAGAAGAAGGGUUCCUCCAACCACAACACAUGUCACGACGAGGGAGACCGCAGACCAAAGUUUCACUUACCAUUUAAGAAUAUCACAGAUGAUGUGCUGGACAGAUUCGCCAGCAUUCGGAUCCCGGGCAGUAAGAAGGAGCGGCCACCAUUAUCGGUCUCUAAACACAAUACUAAUGACUGGUCCACUCCUUCUUCAUCCACCUCACAUCAGUUAGAGGAACUUUCAUCAAAGAUCACCUCAGAAAAAGAGAUCUUGGCUCUGUUUGAAAAGAUGAUGGAGGACAUGAACUUGAAUGAGGAAAAAAAGACUCCUUUGAGAGAGAAGGACCUCAACACAAAGAGAGAAAUGGUCAUCCAGUAUAUAUUUACUGCCUCUAAAACUGGCGGCUUGAGAAGCAGCCAUCAGAUAACUCCCCAGGAAUUUCUGGGAGAGCUGAAGUCAGGGGUGAUAGACGAACGUCUGUUUGCCUGUCUGGACUCACUGCGAGUGUCGCUGACCAGCAACCCUGUCAGUUGGGUGCAGAGCUUCGGGCAUGAGGGUCUUGGACUGCUGCUGGACGUUUUGGAAAGGUUGCUGUUCAAGAAACCGCAAGAGAAACUUGACAAAAAGAAUCAACACAAAGUUGUCCAGUGUCUCAAAGCCAUCAUGAACAAUAAGUACGGCUUGGAUCGAAUCCUGGGAGAGGAGAAAAGUCUUGCGUUACUGGCAAGAGCCAUUGAUCCCACCCAGUCUGCCAUGAUGACUGACGUGGUAAAGCUGCUGUCAGCCAUCUGCAUUGUGGGCGAAGAGAACACUUUGGAAAAGGUCCUUGAAGCAAUCACCACAGCAGGGGAGUGGCGAGCCAUGGAGAGGUUCAGUCCCAUUGUCCAGGGACUACGAGAUCGUUCGGUUCAGUUACAAGUGGCAUGCAUGCAACUCAUCAAUGCACUGGUAACAUCCCCUGAUGAGCUGGACUUCAGGCUGCACAUCAGAAACGAAUUUAUGCGCUGUGGCCUGAAAGAGAUAUUGCCGCAACUGACAACCAUCAGGAAUGAGGCCCUUGACAUUCAGCUCAAGGUGUUCGAGGAGCACAAAGAAGAGGACAUGAUGGAGUUCUCUCACAGGCUGGAGGACAUCAGGAGCGAGCUGGAUGAUGUGGGGGAUGUGUUCAGUAUUGUGCAGAGCAUGGUGAAGGACAGCAGUGCAGAGCCCUAUUUCCUCUCCAUACUUCAGCACCUGAUGCUUAUACGCAAUGACUACUUGGUCAGGCCCCAGUACUUUAAGAUCAUUGAGGAGUGUGUGUCACAAAUUGUGCUCCACCGUAGCGGCACCGACCCAGACUUCAGUUACCGCAAGCGCCUCGAUGUGGACUUCAGCCACCUCUUCGAGGUGUGCGUUGAUAAAGCUCGAACCGAUGAGUACGAACAAAGAGCUUCAGAACUGGCACAGAAGUUUGACGAGGAGUUUCUGAGCAGACAGGAGGCACAAGCUCAGCUGGUCAAGUGUGAUGAAAAAAUAGCUGAACUCCAAGCAGAGCUGCAGGCCUUCAGAUCCCAGUUUGGAGCAGUACCUGUGGUUCAGUCCUCUGCCCAUGUCGGACAAGCAUCAUCUUCCUCAGCGCUCCCGUCUGGGCCUCCACCACCUCCCGCACCUGGCAUGCCGGCUCCCCCUCCUCCGCCUCCUCCACCUCCUUUACCUGGUUGUCAUGCCCCACCUCCCCCACCCGGAAUGCCUCCUCCAUUUGGUGCUCCCCCUCCACCCCCUCUAGGGUUUGGGGGUUGUCUAGGCUCCCCGCCUCAACACGUGCUGCCUUAUGGCCUCAGGCCUAAGAAGGAUUUCAAGCCUGAGACCGCCAUGAAGCGCCUCAACUGGUCCAAGAUUCGUCCCCAGGAGAUGUCAGAGGGCUGUUUCUGGGUCCGGGCUGAUGAGAACCAAUACGCAAAACCAGAUUUACUCGGCAGAGUCGCUCUCACUUUUGGUUCACAGAGAACAGCCAAAAAGGAAGAGGAGGAUCACGAGGAUAAGAAAUCCAUAAAGAAGAGAAUUAAAGAGCUCAAGGUGCUCGAUCCCAAGAUUGCACAGAAUCUUUCCAUCUUCCUGGGUUCCUUCCGUAUGCCUUAUCAGGAAAUCCGUCGGAUGAUAGUGGAGGUGGAUGAGGAGCAACUCACUGAACCAAUGAUCCAGAACCUUGUGAAGCACCUACCGGAGCAGGAGCAGCUGAACGCCUUGGCCAAGUAUAAAAAUGACUACACAAAUUUGUCAGAGCCUGAGCAGUUCGGGAUUGUGAUGAGCAGUGUGAAGCGGCUGCGUCCUCGCCUCAACCACCUCCUCUUCCGGCUGCAGUUUGAGGAGCAGGUGAACAACCUGCGUCCGGAUAUCCUGGCGGUAAACGCCGCAUGCGAUGAGGUCAGGAAGAGCCGUUCCUUCGGCCGCUUGCUGGAGCUGGUGCUGCUGCUGGGGAAUUACAUGAACGCAGGCUCUCGAAACGCCCAGUCGUACGGCUUCGACCUCAGUUCCCUCUGCAAGCUAAAGGACACGAAGUCAGCGGACCAAAAGACCACGUUACUCCAUUUCCUAGCGCAAGUAUGCGAGGAGGAAUUCCCAGAUGUGAUCAAGUUUGUUGAAGACCUGGAGCACGUGGACCGAUCCAGCAGAGUGUCUGCAGAGAAUCUGGAAAAGAGCCUCAGGCAGAUGGAGAGGCAGCUGCUGCAGCUGGAGAGAGAUCUGGAGACUUUCUCCUCCCCUGAUGACCCCAACGACAUGUUCUUCGCUAAAAUGGCUAGCUUCAGCAAGGUUGCCAGGGAGCAGUACGGCAAGCUGGUGAUAAUGCACAGCAAUAUGGAGACGCUGUAUCAGAACAUGCUGGAGUACUUUGCCGUUGAUCCCAAGAAGACCUCUGUGGAGGAGCUGUUCACCGAUCUCAGCAACUUCCGUGCCAUGUUCAGUCAAGCACUGAAGGAAAACCUGAGGCGGAGGGAGACCGAGGAGAAACAGAGGAGAGCACGGGCGGCCAAGGAGAAGGCUGAGCGUGAAAAGCAGGAGAGACAGCAGAAGAAGAGGAGGUUGCUGGAGGUCAAUGCAGAGAAUGAUGAGACAGGUGUGAUGGAUAGUUUGCUGGAAGCCCUACAGUCAGGAGCUGCAUUCAGAGACCGUAGGAAGAGAGCGCCAAGACCCAGAGAUUACCAGCAGAAGACCAUCAGCCCCAGCUCCUUCCGACAGGUUCUCAGGCCUGUUAACCAUGAAAACAACAAGGCACCUUUACAAAGGUCUCGCUCUCGGCAGAAUAUAAAUUUAGGUUCAGCGGUGGUGAAAGCCGCCCCUGCCAAGGAGGCCCAUAACGAGUCUGAGGGCCAUCCAUCUGCAGCCCGGGCCAAGGCUGCUGCAGGUUCGGAGGCGGGCCGCAGGUACAAGAACACCCAGAGUCACAGUCACUGGCUGGGCAGAGAGAGGGUGGUGGAGAGAGAGACAGUGAAGCCGCCGGAGAAAGAGACGGAGGUUGAAGCAGAGCCUCCAGCCUUCCAGUCGUCCUCCGCUGGUACUCCCGGCAGUGGUUGUAGCACCAACGGGGAGUCCGAUCUAGAGGCUCUGCUGGCCAGACUCAGGGCCUUGUGAGGUUUGUCUUACAUUAUCUCUGAAAUGACACACAGUAUACAGAAUGUUUGCACCCAUACACAUCAACACACUCUGAAUGUGACCAAAAAGAUUUUGCUUCUCUGUAUGGAAACAAGCAGAAAAUGUAGUUAGUAAGACGUUUUGAAGGACUUGUGAGGCAUGAAGGGCAAUUCAAUUACAAGUCUUAAUGCUAAUUAACCAAACAAGGAGUUUUAAAUUAGCUCAAUAAUAAAAUGAUUUGAAUAAAACUACCAAAUUAAUUUGAGGACUAUGCUUUUAACACUCAAUGAUACAGAUCAAUCUUAAAACCUAAAAGACAAUUCAGGUAGGUAGAGCACUGCUGGUCACACUUUGGCUUACAUAAUGUCCUCAGAGGAUAGAUAAUAGAUAAUAUAUUUACAAAUGUGUGAGUUAAUGGUUACACUUUAGCAUAUUAGUGUCAGACAUUAGAGGUCAAAAGAGAAGAUGCUGCCUAAAAUAGAUUUAGCAGUCUCUACCUGAUCCUGAAAAGUGUCGUCCAGUAAAUCAUUCAAAUCAUUUAUAUAUUCCAAAGAAUUGGAAUAUAUCAGUUUUUCUCUGAUAUUGUAAGAUGCAAUGUAGUUGAGCACGUUCUUUGAAAUCCAGAAGUAUGCAAUAUUAUAUAAAAAAUAUAUCACAUUUAUUUCUGCAGUUGCUCUUCCUAUCAUUACCUCCACUGUCAUUUAUUUUACACCUUUAUCAUAUUAUCUUGUCCUACCUACAUUUUAGUUUUCAAUUACUCAUCUUUUAUUUUCAUAUAAAUGUUACAAUUAAAAGAGCUUAAGCUUAUAUCUGCAUUUAUUACUCUCUGUAUUUAAUUAUUUUGUGUCUGUUUUUCCUUCUUUUUUCUUCUUUGAGUCUUUUUCAUUAUUGUGAUGGGGUGUCUUUUAUAAUCAAAGCAUUGAUCUUAUUUGUAUUUAAGAAAAAGAAAAUAAAGUUAUCUGCAUUCUAUAAAACUAGAAAUUAGAAUACACGAAGGACCAAUAUAUACAAGUUAUGUCAUAGGAUUGUACUUUCAGGUUCUAACAGCAAUUAGAUGUCAUUGACAAGUUGAUUUUUGGUUGCACUAGACUGAUUUGUAUCUCUGUCACUGGCAGUGAGAACAUUUGUACACGUUGAGAACAAGUCUGCAGAAUGGGAACACCAUCUGAGAGUAUUAUUGUUCAAAAAAUGUGGCACAAAAGUUCAUCCAGCCUGAAGAAUACCAGAAUUGAUGCUGCUUUUCGUCUCCUAUCUCCCCAAGAUUACUCAUAUCCCCAGCAUAUUUGUUGUAUUCUUCCACUUUUAUA